GCUGCUCUUGUGCCCUUCUCAUUCAUUUAUCUCUUGCUCUGCCACUAUUUCAAUGCUCUUAUGGGAAGAACCAAAGUUUCCACCUUAUUCUCUGCUAAUAACCAUUACACGCUUCCUUAUUCCAACACCAUAAGCCAAACUCUUGUAAACAAGCAAGAUACCAAGGAAAAUCGAUUCCCCUCUUCAGUCCUAGGAUUCUUGUGGCGCCUCAUCUAUGGAAAGAAAGAUGAUGGGGGCUCACGAACUGAGGAAGAAGAGAAAGUCUACUCUUGGUUAUACACCUUGGCCCAGUCUGAGAAAAACUUGGUCUUCGAGUACGUUGGGUCCACUGAAAGAGGCUUAAGUUUCACUGAAGCUGAGAGGAGACUGCGGGAAGAUGGCCCAAAUGUUCCACUUGAGUAUUAUUUUCCAAGCUGGUGGCAUCUUCUAUGGAACGCUCUUUUCCAUCCUUUCAAUCUCAUUGUGAUUAUUUUAUCUGCUCUGUCAUUCAUUACCAGUGAUUAUCCAAAUGGAAGUAUCAUGCUCACAUUGGUUUUUAUCAGUGUCACCCUCCGUUUCUGUCAGGAAUACAGCAGCUCAAAAGCAGCAAUGAAGCUUUCAGAAUUUGUAAGAUGCCCAAUAAAAGUUCAAAGAUGUGCUGGUAGAGUUGUACAGACAGAAUUAAUAGUUCAAGUUGAUCACAGAGAUGUAGUUCCCGGUGACAUUGUGAUUUUUGAACCUGGGGACCUCUUUCCCGGAGAUAUUAGGUUGUUAUCUUCAAAACAUCUUGUUGUAAGCCAGGCCUCACUAACUGGGGAAUCUUGGACAACUGAGAAAACUGCCGAUAUCAGAGAAGAUCACAGCACACCUUUAAUAGAUUUAAAGAACAUCUGCUUUAUGGGCACAAACGUGGUAUCAGGUACAGGAACAGGCUUAGUUGUUUCAACUGGAUCUAAUACUUACAUGAGCACCAUGUUUUCAAAAGUUGGAAAGAGGAAGCCACCAGAUGACUUUGAAAGGGGUCUCAGAUGGAUAUUUUACUUGCUUAUUUCAGUUAUGCUAGUAGUAGUUACAAUUAUGUUUGUGACAGAUUACAUGACAUCUCUUAAUUUGAGCAACAGUGUUCUUUUUGCAAUCUCAGUUGCAUCUGCCCUCAAUCCUCAGAUGCUUCCCCUCAUUAUUAACACUUGCCUUGCAAAAGGAGCACUUGCUAUGGCUAAAGACAGAUGUAUAGUCAAAAGUUUAACAGCUAUACGCGAAAUGGGAUCAAUGGAUAUCCUUUGUAUUGACAAGACAGGCACCCUUACAAUGAAUCGUGCAAUCAUGGUUAAUCAUCUUGACUGCAGGGGUUUACCUCAAGAAAAAGUUCUACGCUAUGCCUUCCUCAAUUCUUACUUUAAGACUGAUCAGAAGUAUCCUCUGGAUGAUGCUAUUUUGGCAUAUGUAUAUACAAAUGAAUUCAGGUUUCAGCCAUCCAAGUGGAGGAAGAUAGAUGAGAUUCCUUUUGACUUCAUAAGAAGAAGAGUAUCUGUCAUCAUGGAAACAGAAGACAUACGCUCGCAGUUCUUUGGCAGGUUCCUGGUGACAAAAGGAGCACUGUUGGAAGUCAUGAGAGUUUGUUCUUUUAUUGAAAAUUUUGAUAAAGAUGAAAUUUCCACCUUCUCUUCGGAUGACUAUCAAAGAAUCUUAAACCUGUCAGAAGAAUUGAGCACUGAAGGGUUAAGGGUUAUAGCAGUAGCUAUAAGGAAGCUGGAAAUGGAGCAAACAUGCAAAACAAGUAAUGGAAGCAAGAGAUUUAACGGGGAUUUGGAAAGAGACAUGAUAUUCCUGGGCCUAAUAACGUUUUUUGAUCCACCCAAGGAUUCAGCAAAGCAAGCUUUGUGGCGUUUGGCUGAGAAGGGAGUGAAGGCAAAGGUUUUGACAGGUGAUUCGCUCUCCUUGACAACAAGGGUGUGCAGGGAAGUUGGCAUAAGGACCACUCAUGUAAUAACGGGGCCUGAGCUAGAGCAACUUGACCAAGACACUUUCCAUGAGACUGUUAAAAGAGCUACGGUGCUAGCUCGUCUCACCCCAACUCAGAAACUCCGAGUGGUGCAAUCCUUGCAGACAAUUGGAAACCACAUUGUUGGGUUCUUGGGAGAUGGAGUAAAUGAUUCACUGGCUCUGGAUGCUGCUCAUGUAAGCAUUUCAGUGGACUCAGGGGUAGCCAUUGCCAAAGACAUGGCAGAUAUUAUCUUACUUGAGAAAGAUCUCAACGUGCUUGUUGCAGGAGUCGAGCAUGGUAGACUCACCUUUGGCAACACAAUGAAGUAUGUAAAGAUGUCAGUUAUUGCUAACUUGGGAAGUGUCAUUUCACUCCUCAUAGCAACACUGAUCUUCAAGUAUGAGCCCUUGACUUCUAGACAGCUUCUUAUUCAGAAUUUCCUGUACAGUGUGGGACAAAUAGCCAUCCCUUGGGACAAGAUGGAUGAAGAGUAUGUGAAGACUCCUCAGAAGUGGUCAGAGAGAGGCUUGCCCAUGUUCAUAUUGUGGAAUGGCCCAGUGUGCACUCUCUGUGAUGUGACAGCACUUUUGUUUCUUUGGUUUUAUUACAAGGCUUAUUCUGAUGUAGAUGAGAAAUUUUUCCAUUCAGCUUGGUUCAUUGAAGGUCUCCUCAUGCAGACCCUCAUUAUCCACUUGAUGAGGACAGAGAAAAUCCCUUUCAUACAGGACAUUGCCUCUUGGCCUGUGAUUUCCUCUACUCUUGUGAUAUCUGCAAUUGGAAUUGCAUUUACAUUUUCACCAAUCGGGAAGGUCAUGGAAUUCACCCUUCUACCCCCCUCAUAUUUUGGAUUUUUAAUUGUUCUUUUUCUGGGAUAUUUUACAUUUGGCCAGGUGAUUAAGAAACUUUACAUAAUGGUUUAUAAGAGGUGGCUUUGAAUAUCAAACUUUCAUCCCAGUUUUGUUUGCAAGAGAUGCUGUAAUGAAAUUGAUAUUAUUCAGAAACUUUUUGUUUUGCUAGAUGAGAGUAUACAUAAUAAGGCAGAGUGACACAUCCAACAUUGUUGCACUUGCACCCUAUAAUUUCCAAAACAAUAGGAAU